AUGUUUGGCAUCGGCAUGAAGGAGCGCGACGCCGCCGAGAUCACGGUGCCCAAGACGGACCUCGCCAGCUUCACCGCCUUCAUCGACUACCUCUGCACCGACCAGCUCGACCUCGGCGAGGGGGAGGGCGAGCAGGCGCGGCGUGCGCUCGUGCUGCGGGAGCUGGCGCAGAUGUACCAGGUGCCGCGCCUCGAGCUGCUCUGCGCGCAGGCGCUGCAGGAGAGCGUCGGGCCGGCGACUGCCGUGCCGCUGCUCGAGGCGGCGCACACGACGGGCGACGGGCGGCUCCUCGCGCAGUGCCGCCGCUACGUGGCCGACAACGCCGCCGAGUUGCGGGCGAGCGGCGGCGUGGAGCAGCUGCGCGACCUUGGCGUGGCCAAGGGGCUGCUCGGCGACGCGCUCGACCAGGUGGCGGAGCUGAAGAUGGGGGCGGCGCGCACGGCGGCGGGCCAGAGGGCGGCGCCCUAG